CUCAUACAUUUGCAUCUAUUGGAAUAUUAUCUUAUUCUGGAUUGGCCCACAUAUACCGAUGUCUGUCAGUCCACAGAGGAGGAAGGACGCCCAAGAAUUUAUUGCCAGGAUCCGAAAAGACAAUGGAGGCAUUUCAGAAGAACAUGAAGCCUAUCUGGCGGCUAAUAUGCCGGAUGUUUUGGAAUCCAUUCGAAGUUUGAAGAUGAAGUUGGGAUCUGCAACCAAGACGUUGGCAACGAACUUGUACUCCAAAGAAACUCGGUUUUUAUAUGAGUUGGUUCAGAAUGCGGAAGACAACAAGUAUACCCUCAUCAAUAACUCUGGCCCUGGAAGUCCUUUCCUUGGUUUUGUUCUCUAUCCGGACAAGCUUGUUGUCAACUCUAACGAGGACGGGUUCACUGCAGAAGACGUCAAAGCUAUAUGCAGCACUGGAGAUAGUACGAAGACUACAACACACGGUUACAUCGGUGAGAAAGGAAUCGGAUUUAAAUCUGUGUUCAAAAUCGCAAAGAAAGUUCACAUCCAAUCAGGGCCAUUCUCAUUCUCCUUUGUCUAUACGAGGGACUCUGAUGAGGAUGGCCUUGGAAUGGUAACUCCUUUGGAUGAAAAAUAUGAGGAUUUGCCGGAAGGAGUCCGUACUAGAAUGACCUUGACACUACUUCACCCAUUGGACUUCACUCAGCGUUCCCAGGAGCUCACAAGCCUUCCUGACACGUUGCUUCUGUUUCUGACAAGAUUAAAAUCGAUCGGUGUGUGUAUCUGCCCUUCCUCUGGAGACGCAGUUUCCAUCAUCUACUCGGGCUGCCAAGAUCCUGAGCAAAGAAUGGAGAAAAUCGAAAAACGCACAAGCAUAAACGGCGGUGAUUGGUCUUCUGAAAUACGACGGUUUUAUGUUAAUAGGACCCUCACCAACGAUCUCCCAUAUGAUGCUGCAAGAAAACACACAGACAAAGCAACAACCGUUCUUGCAUUUCCAGUGGAUCCCAUGGAUAGACCUUUCAUACAAAAGCAGCAUGUCUUCGCAUACUUGCCUCUCCGCCAAGUAGGCUUCACCUUCUUGAUCCAGUCAGAUUUUAUCACGCAAGCAAGCCGUGAGGACGUCUUCGAUUCGCCUCGAAAUCGUGCACUCCUCGACAGUGUCGCCGAGAACUUUCAGAACAUGGUGCCAUAUUUCUGCGAGCAUACCACCCUCCAAUAUAGUUGGAUGAGGUACCUUCCCGACGAUUCUGUAUCCGAUGAUUUCUGGAAAGAGCUGCGACCCAAAAUUAUGACACUUUUGAAAGAUACUCCUGUUUUGCGAUCUUGGUCCGGGCGCCUUUAUCGCCCGGGAAAGCUCCGCUGGCUCACUGAACGGUUCCAAGACAAGGGCAAUCAGCCUUUACUUCCCGAUCUUGAUGACGAGGCUUACUUGAAUGGGAACUAUGAGCAUGCAGACUUCGCUUUCCUGCAAUCUCUGGAUGUAAAAGUCUUAUCAAUACCGGAGUUUAUUGACAGAAUGGAACAAGACCUCAAAACCAAAAAUCCGCGGAUUAGGUCCUCCAAAACGAAUGAUGACUGGCAUACGAGAGUCGCAAAUUUACUCAUGGAGCCUUUCAAAAACUCUGGAUCCUCACGGCGUCUUUCAGAUCGGGUGAAAGGCUUGCAGAUAAUCCCAUUGAUUCAAGGCAAAUGGACUCAGUUCAGCCUGAGAAGCGAACACGAAGACUAUGGUGUAUUAUCCUCGGACGAUGAUGAUGAUUACAUGAUUAGUCCCAUCUUCUACCCCAAAAUCGGAGACCACAACAUCCCAAAAGAUCUUAAACUCAAAAUUGUGGACCCUGGACCACUCAAAAACGUUGCCCGUACCGAACUUUUCUCACUGAUAGGAGUAAAACGCUGCAGCCCCAAGACAGUCAUCUCAGCCAUUUACGACAAGUAUGUAUGGCAGAUGUAUCCAUAUCCGAUCAAGAUUUUAGACUCUUUCGAACACCUCAAGUUUCUCUUCUGGUAUGAGGAAGAAGGUAGUACUCUGAGAAAUUCGCUGUCUCUUGUCAUUCAAACGAUCGACGACGAGACCAAAACAGUCGAUGCCAAUGCCGAAUUGAUCUACUACCAAUCCCCAACUGAUGAAUAUGGUCCAUACCAGCUAUUCAAAAGAGACAGCAACAUCCCGGGAUUCAAUGCUUAUCACCUUCACCAGAGCUAUCAAUCACUACUACCUGCAUCUGCGUCCAGCCAUGGCAGGACUUGGGAUACCUGGCUUACUGAGUUUCUUCGAAUUCGACGAUUUCCCAGGAUAUUGACAGAGACAUCGGAUGACCCUUCCGCGGAGUUACUUUACAUUAUCGAAAAUCGCCCAGAAAAGCUUUUGGGGUUUCUGAAAUGUUUUUGGUCAUCCUUUGAGAGCCACAUAUCCGAAAAGGUUAUCAAAGUGCUAAAAGAAAGCAAUGUCCCCAACGAAGAAGGAGGCAAAAUUUCACUUGAAAAGUCAUACGUCCCACUUUCGCGGAUGAAAGCAUUGGCAGCCAAAUUUGAGACCUCGCAGUCUAUGGUACUCCGCAUGCCAGCUCAAUUCAAACCUGAAGAGGAGUGGCCAUGGGAAUUUCUGAAGCGACUCGGAGUCCGAUUCGCAGACGACGUCGAUUUCUACCUGAGCAUUUUGAAAUCGUUCUCCAAGAAGCAUUCCUGGUACUUUCCGAUAGGCACCGACAAGACUGUCAUCGAAAUAUACGAAGGUAUUAUGAAGAAAUGUGUCUCGGAAGAGGACGUGAGCCGCGUACAACAUGACUUCAAACACUACAAGCUCAUAUACACACCCUUGAAUCUAUUUUCCUGCAAAUGGGUAUCAAUAGACGACUGUGUCUGGGAAGGUGAUGACUGGCUUGAGGUUAAAACACGCCUCAGCAAGAUCGAAGGCUAUAACGGACUGGAGCAUCUUUUCAAAAUGAUACUCAAAGUCCGAAACGCUACAUGGGAAGACUCCAUUGAUGAGCUCCGACUUAUCAAAAAGAGCCAGGAGAAAUACUUUAAUGUAUCAAGUAUUUACAGAUUUCUCUUACGCAACUUUGAGAACGAAACCAACUUCGAUGUCUUACGUUCGGAAUUUGAGAAAGACCAGCUGGUUUUUGUUUCUGAGCGAAACGCUUGGUACUCUCCUUCAAUGUGUAUCUGGGCCGAUAUCAGAGUUUGCAUUUCCGCAAGGAUCCCAAUCAGCACCGGUUAUCUCUCGCUUCAGCGAUUUUUCACCGAAAUGCUGGAGGUGCGGGAGCCUGACUUAGAGAUGCUCAUCCAAGCUCUUAAGGACCUUGCUCUUGCCCGACCGCUUGCGAUUGCUGAAAUAAAGCAAAUGAUUGCUUUCACCAGCUCCUACAAUCCGUCUCGAACCAGCUUAGCAAGAUUGCUUGCGGUCAAUAUUCUACCAGUAAGGCUUGAAAACGGCGAUGUAGAGCUGAAGAAUUCAACAGCCGAAUUUGCCAUACCGGAUCGGAAGGAGUACGAUAAAGCUUUUCGGGGGAAGGCCAUAACUCUUGACCUAGACCUAAAUGAGGUGCAUAUGUCUAGCCAAUUCCUUCUUGGUUUAGGCUUGGAAUCACGGUUCAUUUCAAAUGUUGUGGAAGAAAAUACGAUGGUGAAAACGAGCAGCAUCAACAGGCAACUGACAAAAGAGUUCAGGCUCAAAGCUAAUGCACUUUUUCGUUUCGCUGUCCACUACAACAGUGUAAAAAGUAAAAACGGUGACAGUUCACUGUACAAAGCACUUCAGCAUGCGACCGUCUCUUUGAGCAAUGAAAUUUUCAAAUCGAUCAGCUUGAAACAGGGCUUCAAUAUUUAUACCACGGAAGGGAUUCCGGCAAAUUUCCAUUUGGAAGAAGACCUGGAUAAUUUAAAGCUCUUCGUACCGGCAGAGAGCCACCGCAGAGAGAUCUGCUAUCUGCAACAACUUCCAAGGCGUUUCUUCGACUUCUUAUCUAUUGCAAAUCCUUCAGCCGAGGCCAUUCUCGUCAAAAUCAUGGGAUGCAGUAGCCUUGAAACACUCGGAUACAUUUUGGAAGCUGCGGGAAUCGUCGAAAUUGAUGGCCUUGACGACAAAAUUGCCCUUGAUGAUAUUAUGGACGUGGACUCAGAAGAUAUCCAGGACGAAACAUACAGAAAACACCUUGAAAACACUUCCAAGGACAGCAUUCAAAGACAAAAUAACGUCCCAGAUGCUGACGUACCAUCACACCAACCUCAUGUUCCCAGUCCCCAAUAUGGAGCAUUUUUGGACAACAUUGUCAACAAAGCAGAAGCGCAAGCACCAUUCUUUCCAGUCAAAGGCCGGAGACCACGCAAAGCUGAAACUGUCACCGCAUCAAUUUUUGGACCCCGUUCACCCGAUCGGGAUAGGAAAGUGGGUGCUGCUGGAGAGCUUUACGCUUUUGAGAUGCUUUCAAACCUGGGCCUUCCUAACUUUGGACUCGAAAACUGGAAGAGUGUUAUACGAAAAGAAGUACGCGCGUCCCAGAAACACUGCAACCUACAGCCUUGGAUCGGAUCCGAAACCUCAGACAUAGUGUACAAAGACAACGAUGGCAUGCUUAAGGAUAUCUUAUGCUGCUGUGGUUACUCUCAUCUGAAACAUACGCUGGCAGAUGAUGCGACCUAUUAUUUUGAAGUGAAAACGACCACCGGAUCAUUUGAUGCGCCAUUCUACGUCUCGAAUGCGCAGUUUAAGCGGAUGAAACGUAUGGAACUUGAGAGCAAUUGCCUCGAUGUUUCAGAGGUCUACAUCUUGCUUCGUGUCUAUAACCUCGACAGUUCCGACAUAGAUAUGCAGGCAUACGUUGAUCCGUACAAAGCCAAUAAGGAUGGAUUGUUGAGUUUCCAGGUAGAAACUUGGAAAGUGCAGCCAACACCCAGUCAGCCCUCGCCAGGGCCUACCAUGACACCUCGUCCGCCCCGGCCAUUCUUCCGUUUCAUGCCUAACCCAGACAGAGCCGGGCCGAGAACUAUCGUAGAGCAAGUUGACCGGACCGGGCUAUCCUAAUGGCCACGAGGAUUUGGCAUGUCCACUGAGACUUACGUUCGCAAACAUUUGGGGGCUGUAGCGUCUUUUUCAGUUUGAAAUCUCUGUAUAUACACGAUCUUGCUUUGAAAUUGGUUUGUCUCCUUGAUGUUUCGUUUUGCUUCAUCCGCUCGUUCUGUUUGUUGCACGAGCUUGCAAUA